AUAUCCCUUGUGUGCCCCCGGUGCAGGCCCUUAAAUUUGAGAAGUUGCUGCACUUCUCACCCCCCCUCUAAGGAAAGACUGCAAGCAAAGCUGUGUCAAAGAGCGGGCAGCACCUGAUCUCCUUUGCCUUCAGGAAACCAGGAGCAAGCAAUGGCGUCUGCUACUCUCCUCAAGUCAUCUUUCCUUCCCAAGAAGUCUGAAUGGGGUGCCACCCGUCAGGCUGCCGCUCCCAAGCCUGUGACAGUCUCCAUGGUUGUCCGUGCUGGUGCUUACGACGAUGAGCUUGUCAAGACUGCGAAAACCAUCGCAUCACCAGGAAGGGGUAUCCUCGCCAUGGAUGAGUCGAACGCGACCUGCGGCAAGAGGCUUGCCUCAAUUGGCCUUGAGAACACUGAGGCCAACCGCCAGGCUUACCGGACCCUCCUUGUCACUGCACCUGGCCUGGGACAGUACAUCUCCGGUGCUAUCCUCUUUGAGGAGACUCUGUACCAGUCAACUGUUGAUGGCAAGAAGAUUGUUGACAUCCUAACUGAGCAGAAAAUUGUUCCAGGUAUCAAGGUCGACAAGGGUCUUGUGCCCCUUACUGGCUCCAACAACGAGUCAUGGUGCCAAGGUCUCGAUGGCCUUGCCUCGCGUGAGGCAGCCUACUACCAGCAGGGCGCUCGCUUCGCCAAGUGGCGCACUGUUGUCAGCAUCCCCAACGGCCCAUCUGAGCUUGCCGUGAAGGAAGCUGCCUGGGGUCUUGCCCGCUAUGCUGCCAUUUCUCAGGACAACGGGCUGGUGCCAAUCGUGGAGCCCGAAAUCCUUCUGGAUGGUGAGCACGGCAUCGACAGGACCUUCGAGAUUGCACAGAAGGUCUGGGCCGAGGUGUUCUUCUACAUGGCCGAGAACAACGUCAUGUUCGAGGGCAUCCUCCUCAAGCCCAGCAUGGUUACCCCUGGUGCUGAGUGCAAGGACAGGGCCACCCCUGAGCAAGUAGCUGACUACACCCUCAAGCUCCUCCACAGAAGGAUCCCUCCUGCCGUCCCUGGCAUCAUGUUCUUGUCGGGCGGGCAGUCGGAGGUGGAGGCGACGCAGAACCUGAACGCGAUGAACCAGGGGGCGAACCCGUGGCACGUGUCGUUCUCGUACGCGAGGGCGCUGCAGAACACGUGCCUGAAGACGUGGGGCGGGCAGCCGGAGAACGUGAAGGCGGCGCAGGACGCGCUGCUGCUCCGCGCCAAGGCCAACUCGCUGGCGCAGCUCGGCAAGUACACCAGCGACGGCGAGGCCGCCGAGGCCAAGGAGGGCAUGUUCGUCAAGAACUACGUCUACUGAUCAAUCCAUCCAUCAAUCAGCGAAGCUGCUGCUGCUGUUACUGCUAGUACGUACGUACGUACGUACAUCGAGGGCACUGUAGCCAGUGUGUCGUCACAGUUUCAGGUUGAGAUCGAUCGAUCGAUGGACAAAGUUAAAACUAUACUGCGUUAAUUAAAUUUUACCUUAAGAACAGACAUCCAUGGAACGGUGGUUCAGUUCCUCCGAUCCUCUUGUAUUCAUCACAUGAUCUUUUCUAGAGCGUUUGCUAUACAUACCUCGUGUUUUGCCUCUGCAAACGUUUGUGUAGACCAAUCUGUGUACUGUUAUGUGUGGUCUGUGAAUCGAUUUGGUUACUGCAAA